GGAGCGAUCUCAAAGUGUCAAAUUUCUCGGCGAAACGCGUCUACCCCUUCUUUGGGAUAAUUCCCUGGUAUGCAGCAUUCCUGACACGAGGGAUUGUUUGGGAUUCCCCAGAUUCCACGUAGCGGUUGGCAAUGAUGCUUAUGAUUUUAUAAUUCUCAUCUUGUCCUUUGUCCUCGGUGCAGUAGAAAAUCUUCACUGCCCGAUACCAAUAUGACAUUGUUACUCAACUUCCACGCGCUCUUUACAGUCAUUCUUGUUGCCAAUCUUUCAACCAGAUGCAGCGCACUGCUCUCUGGACGUGACUUUUGCUCCACGCCAGCGCCCGGUGAGUCACUCCGAGCGGAGCAUAGGAGGCUGUAUGAUGUACAGGCCCAACGUGACAGCACCGCCGAGGAGAGCCGGGAGGUGGUGCCUUGGAUUGAAAUCGAGACAUGGUUUCAUAUUGUAAGCAGCAAUGAAGCAGCAAACACAGUAUCAGACGACAUGAUCACCAGCCAGCUUUCCUAUCUUCAGAAGGCAUAUGAAAGUGCGACUAUCACCUAUCGGUUGGAGGGCAUAACUCGUCACAUAAAUGACUCGUGGGCGCGAAAUGAUGAUGAACUGGGGAUGAAGAAUGCCCUACGAAGGGGCAAUUAUGGCACAUUAAAUGUCUAUUUCCAAACAGAUCUCCAGGCGUCAUCCGACGAGAAUUCUCGGGACUAUCCAAAUGACGGUAACCGACGAACAGAUGUGUCAGAUCAAUCAUCAUCAACUGUCCUAGGCUUCUGUACGUUGCCUGACCCGAGUGUGAAUUCCAGCAGCCCUCGUUCCAGCUACAUCAAGGAUGGUUGUAACGUGUUAGCGGAUACCAUGCCGGGUGGUAGUUUAGCGCAGUACAACAAAGGCGGCACAGCGGUUCAUGAGGUUGGCCAUUGGAAUGGGCUGCUGCAUACGUUCGAAGGUGAAUCGUGCUCCCCUGAUAAUGAAGGAGAUUACAUUGAUGACACCCCAGAGCAAUCUGAGCCUACGAGCGGAUGUCCCGCCGAGAAAGAUUCAUGCCCCGAUCUUCCUGGCCUUGAUGCUAUUCAUAAUUUUAUGGACUAUUCAUCUGAUGACUGUUAUGAGAGUUUUACUCCAGAUCAAGCGGAGAGAAUGAGGAGUAUGUGGUCCGCUAUGCGGGAAGGGAAGUGACGGACGGACUCCAAGGGUAUAUAAUUUGCACAUAUACCAGCUAUAGAUAGACAACUAUGGUAGCACGAAUAUUGAUGUCAACAUCUUGGUCUUUCAAUUCCG